AUGUCUGAAGACGAGCAACAAUUCGACUCUGUUGAUGCAGGAGCCUCCCAUUGCUAUCCAAUGGCUGCCGGUUCAAUCAAGAAGAAUGGAUACUGUAUGUUGAAAGGAAAGCCUUGUAAGGUUGUUGAUAUGUCAACUUCCAAGACUGGUAAGCAUGGCCACGCAAAAGCCCACAUUGUAGGUUUGGACAUAUUUACGAAUAAGAAAUAUGAAGAUGUUUGCCCAACGUCUCAUAAUAUGGCCGUUCCAUUUGUAAAGAGAAGCGAGUACCAAUUAAUUGAUAUUCACGAUAACUUUACGUCACUUUUGACAGAAAAUGGGUCUACUAAGGACGACUUAGCACUCCCAACAGAUGCUGAAGGUAAUCCUGAUGAAGUAGCACUUCAGAUCCAACAGAUGUACGCAGAUGGUAAGGCAAUUCUUGUUGGAGUACUUGCAGCAUGCGGAACGGAGAAGAUUGUUUCUGCUAAAGAGUUAGUAUAA